AUGGAGGUUCAGGUCGGAUGCUGGAUGUAUGCAAGUGAAAGGCAGUUAGCACGAUUAAGAUUAGCAUUCCUCAAAACAGUCCUUAGCCAGGACAUCGGGGUUUUCAAGAUGAAUUUAACAGGUGAAAAAGUCAUAUCUGGAGUCACUAACCACAUGAGCAUCAUACAAGAGGCAAUUGGGGAGAAGGGUGUGAGUUACAUAUUUGAGUUUGAAACUUAUGAUGAUCUGCAGGUUUGCAAAGAGUGUUCCAGAAGUGACCUCAUAAUAUAUGCUCUCUUUGACGAUGACGAUCCAGUAGAUCCUCAAACUGCUGAUCCAUCUGAACAGCGACCCCCAUUCGCUCAGGGAAAAAGUUGCGACUAG